AUGUCUGAUAUUAACAUAAAUGUUUCGGCGACUUACAAGCAAGAAGUGAUCUACAAGGAGUGUCUGCAUAACCAUGCAGCCUCUCUCGGCCUUGUAGCCAACGAUGGUUGCUAUGAGUUUCUCAAACCUAACACAAACAACACCGUUGACGGUGACUCCCAGCAUGAGUUUCUCUGUGCAGUUUGCAAAUGCCACCGGAACUUUCAUCGGAAAGAAGUUAUCUAUACUCCUAUCAUGCAAAUCCACCACCACCAGCAACCAAACUUUCCGGCAAGACGUGGAGGAUCGCCAGCAAAUGUCGAUGUUAACAAUAACAACAACAUCGCAGGACGGAGGAAGAGGAAGAAGAGGACGAUGUUCACGGCAGAGCAACAGAGCCGAAUGGGGAUUUUCGCUGAAAGGUUGGGUUGGAGGCCUAAAAGAGCUGAUAAGGAAGAGAUUCUCAAUUUUUGCAUGCAAAUAGGGAUCAGUCGUAGAAUGUUCAUUGUAUGGGUCAACAAUAACCGGCGAAGGAUGAACCAGGAUCAAGCCGCGGCUGCCGCCGUCGCCGUGUGA